CAGAAACUUAAAAGAAAAAUUAAAAUUGAAAAAAUAUGGCCAUAGAAUAGGAGGACAUAUUGUAGUACUACUAUUUUUGGUAGGACAGAAUGGCCUAUUGACUCUGGAGAUCGUCAGACUAGCCUUUUUUGCGGUGCACUUUACGUCCUGCAAUUGCGCGUGGAGCUAACGACUGAUUACGCUCAUUUCUCAAACUUUCAGGUACCCAAUAGGAAUUUAUAGAAACAGUAUCCACAAAAAAACCGCCAAUUUUUCCUCGUCCAAUUUCCAAACUUGACAUAAUCAAAUUUACGGUUCGGAUGAAUGCCGCGUGGAAGAAGACCCCACAAAAGCUUAUAUCUUUUCCCUUAACGUGGGCACUUAAAAGAAAAGCCCGAAUUCUUUCAAACUUGGGCUGUUUUCCUCUUCUUCUUCUUCUCCUCCUCCUUCACUGCGAGUGGUCCAAGGACAAGCCCAUGUGGAGAGUCAUGUCAUCAUGGGCCCACCCUCCAUAGCCUCUCCUGAAUAGUUUACUGGUUACAUCCGAUGGCUCUGCCUUCUGUAUAUAAAAAACUAGUAUUUCAUUUUGGAGAGAAAAAAAAAAAAGAAUCCUCUUUCUUUAUUAAUAACUCCGGCCGGUGGUGUCAUUCCGGCGGCCAAGUCAUCUGUCAGAGCGUUCUCGCUACUUUCCAACCAUUUAUAUAUACCCCACCCUCCCCAUCUAAGUAUGGACCCCUAACCCUAUAUUAUUUUCAUUUUUUUCCCUCUCAAAUCAAAACUCCAAAAAGGCAAAGAAAGAAGAGGGCAAAGUAUUGUUUGGUGACAGCAUUUGCAUGUUGGCUAAGGAUUGAGGGAAGACGUUUGUCUGUCCAGAAAGUUUUCAGAGGGAAAGAAAAAGGGUCACCUAAUCUAGAUUGUACAAUUUGGUACAAAAAAAAACUGCCCUUUACCAUUAUCAUAGACACAAAAACACUCCAUAGUGGGACUACCCUUUUUGUUUCAUUCCCAGUUUUUUUUAUACUGAAUUUUCUGGUGACUUUGGUUUCUGAAUGAUGAUGAAUACUGAGAUGCUACACCGUUUAGACAUGCCGGAGAAUCAUACCGGCAUGGGGAGAAUGAGCGUUUUAGAGCGGCAACAAGGUCGGAUGAGGUGGCAAGAAUUGCAGGCGCAGCAGCCACAGCUAACACAAGUUCAGCAAAUGGAAGGAUUUGGGGGUUAUUUUAACUCAGCUGACCAGCUGAGUAAUAUGUUCUCGGCACCUGCUCAGCAUUUCCAUGGCGGAUUGAUGAUUAAUGAUCAGAAUUUGGGUGGGUUGUUGCUGAAUCCGACUAUGGGGCCUGAUCCGUGUGUCCAGAGCAGUUCCUCCAAUCAGUUUGGUAAUGUUGGAGGAGACAAUUUCGGGCUGCUUGGAGGUUGUGAACUUGGAAAUGUUGCCGGGUUUGGGUUGAAUUAUGGAGUUGCAAGGACUGCUAGUUGCCCACCGGCAGUUGUAGCCGCAGUGGCUGAGGCGGCGUCAGCCGCCACUAAAAGGAAGGAGACCGCACCGCCGGAGAAGCUGGCCUCAACUACCGGAAGAGAGAGCUUCAAAAAGAGGAAGUCCGACAAGGCUCAAAAUCAAAAGGCAGCUUUAGAGGACCAAGGCAAAGACAAUAAAGGGAAAGGAUGCGUGGAAGAGGAAGAAUCCAGGGUCACUGAACAGAGAAGCAAGGAUACUACCACCAACAACAAUAACAAAACAGAACCAUCUGAGACAUCCAAAGAGAAUUCGAAGGUCUCUGAAGUUCAAAAACCAGACUACAUUCAUGUCCGAGCACGUCGUGGUCAAGCCACUGACAGCCACAGCUUGGCUGAAAGGGUAAGAAGGGAAAAGAUAAGCGAGAGGAUGAAAUACCUGCAAGAUUUAGUACCAGGAUGCAAUAAGAUCACUGGGAAAGCAGGAAUGCUUGAUGAGAUAAUCAACUACGUUCAGUCACUUCAAAGACAAGUUGAGGUCUGUCAAACAUCAAUUUUUGAUAAUCAUACAAUAUAUGCAUUGCAUGUUUGUCUGUUCUAAUCAGGGGGCAUUAUUUUCCUGAUAACAGUUUCUGUCCAUGAAACUCGCCACUGUAAAUCCAAGACUUGAUCUAGAUAUUGACAAUCUUUUCUCAAAAGAGGUAUUACUUACAUUACAAGCGUAAAACUUGUUAGCCUGAUAAGAGGAAUGCUUCUUGUUUUGAAACUCUUCACUAAAACAAGUCCUAUUUUGGUUCUCUUGGCAGAUUUUUCCAGUUAGCACUUCUGGAGCUGCCCAUGUAAUUGAAGUAUCAUCAGAGAUGAACAAUCCCGCGAACUAUAAUUUUGCUUCACUAGAACAAGUAGUGCAAUGUUGCGGAGUGGAAACUGAUAAAAAUCUCCCCGACAUGGCACUUAGACGAACUACAAGUGCCCCUGUUUCUUUACCUGAAACGUUAAUAGACUCGCCCUAUCUCAGUGUAAUCUUCUCCCCCUGUUUCUAGGCCUAUGAUCUUUGUUAUGCAUUAGCACUUUCUGGGAAUUCUUACAAUGACUAACAUGGAUUGAGGAAUCACAGAGUGAUGUACAUAUGAUAAUAAUUCAGCUAUGUUCAGUCACUUAGAAAACUCAAUCAAAGGAUUGCUUGUUAUAUUACAAAAACACUGAAUUAUUGUUUGACUCUGAAUUCUCAUUAAAUUCAUUUGUGAAACAGCAAAUGCACCACUAUCCAGUUUGGGAUGCAGAGUUACAAAGCCUCUAUCCUUUGGAGUUUCAACAAGGACGAUCAUCAACAUCUUUACUGUCUCAGCCAUGUACAGGUGUGUGAAAUACUAAGUUACAGCACUUAUCAUGAUUUACUUAAGGAAAGUGAAAGUUCUUAGUGACGAUGGCACCAGUUACUUUGCAACUUUCACUCUCGCGAUUAGCGAUAUGAUUGCCACACCUCAGUCACGGAACUUUUUUCACGCUGAAUAACAUUACUACUCUCUUAGCAUGUGAAAUUAAAUAACCGGGACUUUACUCCUUGCAGGUUUUGAUGGGGGAAGCAAUGUAAAGGUAGAGAUGUGAAUCAGAAAAGAUGACGGAAUGCCCGUUAUGAGUCGAAUCACUGAUCCUGAUUCGUUCCCUCAAUUUUAAGUACAUAAAGUAAAUAUUGUAUGCCUGCCAGCUAAAGUAUAAUCAUAAUUACAAUAUAAGUGCCAUGCUGCAACCUGGGCAUGUUAGAUUAUAGUUAUCAGUACUUCUGGAGAGCUACAUCAAAAUACCAAAUAAUUAGAUUAUUCUAAUAAGCAUUGAGACAAAAUAGUAGAUUGAGAGCCUAUGUGGACAUAAUCUCAUUUUGUAUCUAAUUUAUGCAAUUUUUUUGGCUUCUCAAGAACUUAUUUCAUUCUCAAAACCUUCUUUUAUAUUCUUUAGUGCAACUUCUUAUAUAGCAAAUGCAAUCAUCUAUCGUCUACGCAAAAACACAGAACUCAAAAUGCUGGCAUGCUUGAUGUAACUCAGAAUCACCACUGGCUGGUAAAGAUUAACCAUUAAUCCCACAAUUCGUUUUCAACAGAAAAAGAAUUGGUUCUCUUGUUGAUACAAAUCAGGUCAUACUCAUGAAGUUGCACAAGUUGUUGAUUGUCUAAUAUACACACUGAAUAGCAGUUGUUAUCAAUUGACAAAACCAUAAAAGGGCAGAAGAAAGAGUCAAGCAGACAAGCAAGAAAGCACGAUGGAUUCUUUUUAGGGACAGAAUGAGACAUCUUGACUAAGACUCAGACACCAAGACAUUUAUUUUUGGUAGUAGAAAUCAGGAAUGCAAUAAGCAAGUGGCGUUGAGCUUUCGUAUUGAUUCUGGAGGGAGACAAACAUAUCCAGAACUUCUAAUUGUUCAUUUAAAUAGUUAUCAUUCCUGCUGUGUGAUAGCGAUCAUCUAGCUUAUCAGCACUGCAGCAGAGAACGGUUUUCAUUUUCACAAUGAAAUCUCCUUUCAAGCAAAAAAUAUCAGUGCCACAUAAAACUUCACAGCAGAAUGAAACCAAAAAGCUCAUGUAUGCAGGAUGCACCUACUUAGAUUCACAACCUAAUUUUACAAAAUGAGCGCUCAGUCUCAAUUUCUCAUAGCAGAGUGUCCUCGCUGUCGUGUAAAAGCAGAUAAAAGGAUUCAAGUCUGCGCCUAAAACAUCAUAUGGAAACCUGAGUCCAUACCGAACAAAUCAUAGCGACCAACAAGUUUUGGUAGUUUUUAGAUUUCAUUGCCUUAAUUGACAUUUACAACAGUUUGGUAAUGAGCAAAGCUUCCAAAGCGUUAGGCGAGUUCCUUUAUACGAGAAGAUGAAACCGAGGGAGGUCAUUAACGAAAGUUUUGAACGUUGAUCUUUGGGGGAUUCUGGAGAAAAGAAGGUUCCAGUCCAUUGUUUAAUUCUUGAAAAGGAAUAGACUGAACAGAGGAAACACAAGCAACAGAAAAUUAAGGAAAACCACAACUUUGCAGGGCCUUCGAGUGUUACAGUUCAGCAGAUUGUAUAGUCAUGAAGAAAAGCAGUUGAAACACUUGGAUCAAUGGAACCAAAACACCAAUAACAUACUAGCAAACAUCUUAAUCAUCAACUAUAUACAACAGAAACUGCUCAUAAUGAGAUCAGGAACAUAAAUUACCUUAAAAAAUUGACGCCUUGAAGGCUAACCAACUGAUCACACACAUAAGAAUUACUAAAAAACUAUGCAGUGAAAGCUGUCUUCAAGAAAGCAGCUUCUCUUGCUAUUUACUAAGACACCAGCAUGCACCAAUGGAGAAUCCUAGCACCAUCAAACCACAGUAUCAUUCCCAACCUCUGCAUUUUAAUUACAGAUAUCACUUGAUGGCAUUCAACUGACUUAAGCAAGAGUAUCUAUUGUAUCCCGAGUACUGAUAACAACUACAGAAGGGUUAGACACAUUACCUUUACCGGGUACAAUAAUAAUGGGCGCUAUUUUGCAGUUGUGAAAGCAGAAUUCGCUCACGCUUCCCUGCAAUACACUGGUCAAAAUACCCAGCAAAGUCAUUUUAGGCCUUGCAUAAAUUGCACUUUGAAAAUGAGUUCUAGGAACAACAUCGUUUAGUAGAAUAGCAAACCACGAAAGAACAGACCUUUGAAUUAUGCCUCUGCCCCUGGUACCCAUAACAACAGCAGCAGGUUUCAGCCUUUCUGCUUCCCUAACAAUUGCCUUACCCGCAUCUCCUUCCACAAUUCUUGCAAAAGUUUUCACCUAUGGCAAUACUAACUUCAUCAUUUUGAAUUCACAGAAGCUAACUAGAAAGUAACAAGUAAAUCUAGAGGGACGAAAUCACAGACCAUUGCGACCUGAUAAGCCUCCACGGAAAGUUUCUCCAUAAGGGCCUGGGUCAUCUCGUAAACAAUCUGGUUCUGGACGCCUAACCAAAUAAAAUUUUUUAAGAAAAUCACGAAAACCAUGUUCUAAUGCAAUCAAAGUUAGAACUUUAAAGGGAAGAAUUAAGGGCUUACUGGAGACGGCGUGAACUAGAUGAAUGGUGUCGGCGAGGCGGCAGAAAUGGGCAAUUGCCCAAUCAAAGGCGUGCUUGCUGUUAGGCCCAUGAUCCACUGCGAUCAAAAUGUCACGACCCCUUCGUCUUUCACAAUUCUCCCUCUCCAAUUCUGCUGGCUCCUGGACUAAUGGUAUCAGCGCCGGCAGCUUAACUUCUCUCCAGUUGUAUUCUUCUUCCUCCAUUAACGUCUCCAUCUCUCUGUUUUUCGUUAACUUUUCUUUCUAGAAACCCUUCUCGUUUUCUUUUUCCACUUAAUUCUUCUUCCUUGGUUGGAUGAUAAGAUAUUUGUUGUGUCAAAUAGUAUCUGGAAUGUGGAAAUGGAAUGAAUGAAGUUUAUUUAAUAGGAAGAAAAAAAGUGAGCCAAAACUUUGGAAGACCAAGGGAAGACGGAAUGGGGGGUUGUGGGGAUAAAGUUUGACGACUGAGCUCAGCAGAUGCAGCAGCCACGCCGGCAUUUUUUGCUAUUGCGUGUUGAAUGAAAUUGUGGAUCAUGUGGGAAAUGUUCAUAGGUUGGAAAAUUAGAAUGGUGGCGCGGCGGCGCUUGGCUGUUACUAUGAAGUUCUUCUAGAAAUUUAAGGUUUGUUGGAUUAAAACUCGAAUUUAUUUGGUUUAAAAAUUUUGUCUAUCUGGGGUCUUCUUCAUGGGAUUAGUCAUUAGUCAAGCAACUAAAAGAACUAGUUCCCCAAUUCCCCCAGAACAAAACCUGUUGUUAGAGAGAAAUAGCAUUACAACUAUGAUUCAC